GCGAAGCACAGCGCCCGCCGCCGGCCGCCUUUCUCCGUCGGUGCCGGAGGGUCGGCGCCGGGGCAGCCCGAGGCUCCGUCGGCCUCGGCCACGCGGUGGGCUGAGGGGAAGCAGAGGGAGGGCAGGCCCAGGCCGGGCGGCGGCUGCGGCAGGGGUGGGCGGAGCUGGGCUGAUGCAACGUUGUGCUGCUCCGGGAGGGACUCCAUGUGGUUGCGUGGCGGGUCGGCGCGAUGCUAACGGCGGGAUCGAGUGGAAGCCGGCGCGGUCUGAGCCCCCAGCCCCUGCUACCGGAGAGCGGCCACAAGCAGCUCACUUGAAACCAAGCUGCAGCUGUACACUUCACUCUCAGACUGAGGCCCUGCACCAUAAGGCCACAGAUCAGCAGUGGCAGCUGGUUGGACUUACUCAGCGACUGAGGGGCUCUGCCUGAUGAGCCUUUGAGGCUGUUGGGGUCCCAAAGUGAAUGCCUCGCUUCCUGUGGUCCCAUUCUGAACUAGGCAUUGCUGCUGGUCUCCUGCUUGGACUCUGCUUUCAUCGCUUGGACCCGUAUGGAAGCAACCAGAACCCAUUUCGCUGCUCAGAGCUGAAGGAAUUCCGACGGCAGCUGUGUGCAGGAACUGGGACAAAGCUGGAGCAGGAGCUAGUUCCUUGAAAGCUCGCUGCCACCGGGCUGCGUCUCCUUCACGUUUGACCUCUAAUGGAAAAGAGCAAGACGGACUCCCAGAGUGUGGAUGCAACUGAGUUCAGCACGGGGCUGGUGCUGGAGCAGCCUCACAGACCGGCAUGGGGGAACAAGCUGCAGUAUAUCCUUGCCCAGGUGGGGUUCUCCGUGGGACUUGGAAACGUCUGGAGAUUCCCAUAUCUCUGCCACCAGAAUGGAGGUGGAGCGUUCCUUUUCCUCUAUCUACUUAUGCUAGUGGUGAUAGGAAUCCCGCUGUUUUUCCUGGAACUGGCAGCAGGACAGAGCAUCCGCCAGGGCAGCAUUGGAGUCUGGAAGCACAUUAACCCAAAGCUGGCUGGCAUUGGAUUUGCCAGUUGUGUGGUCUGUGGCUUUGUCUCACUCUACUAUAAUGUUAUCAUUGCCUGGAGUCUCUUCUACUUUGGUCACUCUUUCCAGUACCCACUGCCCUGGGAAUCGUGUCCCUCUCUCCCCAACAACACAGGAGUAGUGACCGAGUGCAGUAAGAGCUCCCCCACCACUUACUUCUGGUACCAUGAAACCUUAGAGAUCACCAGCUCCAUCAAUGAGAGUGGAGGCCUGAACCCCACCAUGACAGGCUGCCUGCUUGGAGCGUGGGUCAUUGUCUGCCUCGCCAUGAUCAAGGGGAUAAAGUCCUCGGGGAAGGUCAUGUACUUCAGUUCCCUCUUCCCUUACCUCGUGCUUUUCUGCUUCCUCGUUCGAGGCCUCCUACUGGAAGGAUCUGUGGAUGGAAUUCGCUACAUGUUCACUCCUAAGAUUGAAAUUUUGGUGGACACCCAAGUGUGGCGUCAGGCUGCAACGCAAGUCUUCUUCGCCCUGGGCUUGGGCUUUGGCAGUGUCAUUGCUUAUUCCAGCUACAAUUCCCACACCAAUAAUUGCCAUUUUGAUGCCUAUCUCGUCUCCUUCAUCAACUUCUUCACAUCCAUCUUUGCCACGCUGGUUGUCUUCGCUGUGCUGGGCUUCCGAGCAAACGUCCUCACUCAGAAAUGCGUACAAAGGAACACCCUUCUGGUGACAGACCUGAUUAACAGUGGCCUUUUAAACAGAAGUUUGAUCCCCGAGUCUUUAAACUUCUCAAUGGCGUCGCACGAGCAAUACAGCAAGUGGUUUGACUCUCUGAGACCGGAGCUGGUCCGUUAUGGUGUGGAGCAGUGUGACCUCAGACAUGAAAUGCAGAAGGGCGCUGAGGGUACAGGACUUGCCUUCAUUGCUUUCACUGAAGCCAUCACACAUUUUCCUGCAUCGCCAUUUUGGUCUCUCCUGUUCUUCCUGAUGCUGCUGAACUUGGGGCUGAGCACAAUGUUUGGAAACAUGCAGGGAAUUCUCACCCCACUCCUUGACAACUUCCCUUUGCUGUCCCGGAGGAAGUCACUCUUCACAGUGUUCUGUUGUAUCCUGGGGUUUAUCACUGGACUAAUCUUUACACAGCGGUCGGGAAAUUACUUUGUCACCAUGUUUGAUGACUACUCUGCAACGCUGCCUCUGAUUAUUGUCGUAUUCUUUGAGCUGAUGGCAGUUGCUUGGAUCUAUGGAGCUGACAAGUUUAUUGAUGAUAUCCGGAAAAUGAUUGGUGACCGACCAUUCUUUCUGUACAAGUACUUGUGGAAAUUUAUCUGCCCCGUUGUCAUGCUGGCUCUGCUCCUUGCCAGUCUGAUCCAAUUGUGUGUCAAGCACCCAACGUACCGAGCGUGGAAUGAAACCAAGGCAGAGGAAGUAUUGGUGGAGUACCCGGACUGGGCAUUAGCUAUGAUGAUCAUCCUGAUUAUUGUUGCCUCCCUGCCCAUCCCUCUCCUGUACCUCUGGCAAAUGCUUCUGGACAGACAGACCAGUCAUUCAGACUACUCCGAGUGCGCCUACAUCGAGGCUGAUGCAGGCGACGAGGCUUCCUUUCCCCUGAACGAGGACGACGACGAAGCCUUGGGGCCAAACGGCUACCUGAAAGUCAACACUGAGGAGGGAGGUAUGGAGCGGUCUGAGCUGCUGUUGGGCGAGGAAGGAGAAGAGGAUGUGUUCGAAAUGGACAACAUGUCGCAGGAGAAAAAUCCUGAAGUGGAUUUGAAGCUGUAGCUCCCGUGGAGCUUGUUCUUUUUUGGACACUUCAAGCCUUUCUACAAAAUACAUGGUGCAAAAAAAAUGUUAACACUGCCAUCCGAUGAUCUAGGUGGGGCAUUUCUUUGUCAAUCUGAUUGGGUUUGGGGGCGAUUGUCCUCUAGCAGGACAUUCUGGCUCUCUGCUCAUUGCAAACAGCCAGCCUAAACAGACACGGUUCCCAUAUGGUAGGUACAGCCUAUACUGAAGUUACACCUUAGCAACAUCCUAAAGGAACUAAUUUAUAUUUUGGAUGAGAAAAAGAACCUAUUAUGUAGAAAAAAAAGCAUGGAGCAAGAAAGAGUGAGUUUCCAAAAGGAACUAAAACUUUGAGAACAAUAUUGACCAUUGGCUUUGGAGCUGGGGUGUGGGGUAGGGUGGAGUAUGAGGAGGAGGAGUGGGGGGUGCGGGUGGGAAUUUGUGAGCCAAUGUAAUGCGUGAGAAUGGAUCUCAUUUUGUUGUGACACUCUAAUUUAACGUUUAUUCAGCAUUGUUUUUUAAAAUACAACAUUGGGGAUGAGCUAUUGUGGAGUCUCCCACAGAAGAGAAACGGGAGGCAAGAAAUGAUUGGGAAGCUUUUGGAAUCUUGCAAUGUAUGUACCUCUGGGUUUGAACAAUGCAGUCAAUGCAAAGUAUAAAUCUGUAUUCUGGCCAGUUUAUGAGUGGGUAUAAAACUAUUCUCUGCACUUGUACAUUUCUAAAUCCGUGCAGUGCAGUCAAAUGACUGAAUGUCCUCAUAUACACUGGUGUACGGUCUUAAAUCUCCAAACACUUCAUUCAAUGAAGGAUUCAGGAUCAGUUCCACGUUAGUCUGGUUCUUUACUUCGUGCAUUUGGCCUGUGGUUCUAAAUCUCGAUUCUAUGCAAACUGCAUGUUACUCUAUAUCUGUACUACACAGUUGAGGUCUAGUUCUAGAUUUCUACAGCUCAUAGAAUUAUAGAGCACAGAAACGGGCCAUUUGGCCCACCUCAUCCAUACUAACCAAGUCAAUCCCACUUGCCUGCAUUUGGGCCAUAUCCCUCUCAACCUUUCCUAUCCACAUACUGUCUUUUAAACAUUAUUAUUGCAUAUCCAUUUUAACCACUUCCUGUGGCAACUCGUUCAAGAUAUCCACCAUGCAAAUGAUCUCAGUGUUUUGGAUCUCCACUGCAGUGUUUCUACAGCUUAGUACUUACUGUGCAUUUCACAAUGCAGCAGAAGGCUAUUCAGUUUAUCGUGUCUGUGCUGGCCAAAAAAUAGCUACCCAGACCCCAACUGUACCUUCUGGUGCUUGGUCCAUACCCAGUUCUAGUACAUUUCAAAAAUGCCGCAAGUGUUUCUGUCUCUACCACACUUUCCAGCGGUGAGUGCUAGAUCCUUUCCACCCUCUGGACUGUAAAACAUACAAUACCUUGGCUUCCAGCUCAUCUGUCUAGCAAGGACUUUAAAUAUAUGCUUUUUUUUGACCCCUCGGACAAGGGAAAAGGGUCCUUGCCAAUUACUCUUAUAGGCAUCUCGUAAUUUUACAUAUCUCUUCCUAGCUUCCAUUGUUUUCAAGGAAGCAAUCCCAUCAUAUCCAGCCUCAUGGCUAAAACUUUUCCAGCUUUGAGCAACUUGGUCGCAAAUUUCCAUUGCAUCAAUUCCAGUCGAUCACAUCUUUCCUGUCCCGGUCAGUGUUCUAGGGUAGCCACCCUGCUCUUAUAUAUCAAAGGAAAGCAUUCUGGGUGCUUUUUUCAGCACCUCCUCUAUUUUAUGGAUCAGAGGGUAAAUCCUGCGGGGGUCCUUGUGCCUCUCCACACUGUCUUGUUUCACCUCACCACCCCCCCCCCCCCCCCAUAUGCAUCACCUUGCACUUCUCUAAUUUAAUUCAUCCGACACAUUUUUGCCUAACUCACCAGGCCUUCAAUGUCCUCUUGCAAUCUAAAGCCUUCCUAUAGUCCGGCAGCCUAUUUUUGAAUCAUCCAUAAACAUCUUUAUCUCUGUAUUGAAAUGUAUAUGAUUUUGUAUUAUAAAUACAAAGGGCCAAGUAGUUACCCCAGUAGAACAACUUCCCAAUCACAGAAAUACCUGUCAAUAAGUGCCCUCUCUGUUCUGCAUCUGAUUCAAUUUGCCACUCCACCUUCAAUCCCAUGGGUUUUCACUGCAAGCCUUUGUCAAAAGAUGUGCAAAAAUAUACACAGUGGCCACUUUAUUAGGUUGCCUGUAUACCUCAUUAAUGCAAACAUCUAAUUAGCCAAUCACGUGACAGCAACUCAAUUCAUAAAAGCCUGAAGAACAGUUAAGAGGUUCAGUUGUUAAUUACACCAAACAUCAGAAAAGGGAAGAAAUGUGAUCUAAGUGACUUUGACUGUGGAAUGAUUGUUGGUGCCAGACGAGGUGGUUUAAGUAUGUCAAAAACUGCUGAUUUCCUGGGAUUUUCAUGCACAACACCCUUUAAGAGUUAACAGACUGGUACGAAAACAAAACAAUGUUAAGUGAAUGACACUUCUGUGGCUAAAAAUGUCUUGUCAAUGAGAGAGAUCAGAGGAGAAUGGCCAGACUGGUUCAAGCUGACAGGAAGGCAACACACUCAGAGCAUAUCUGAACACACAAUGCACCGAACCUUGAAGUGACUGGACUACAGCAGAAGACUGCACCAGGCUUCACUCCUGUACCUAAUAAAAUGGGCUCUGAUUGUAUAUAGACUACGUCAAACAUCUUGUCCUCAUCCACCAUUGAUUCGUGCUCAGAAAAUACAUUUCCAUUAAUAAAUCCUUCCUGACCUGUGACUUGCUAAAUUCUCCAAAUUGAUUCUAAUAGACCUCUGACAUAUCACCUUUCUUUGGUAUUACCUCUUUCUGAUUCAAAAUCAGGAUCUUGAAACUGUGCUGUCCUUCUGGGAUUCUUGAUCUCUACAUCAUGCAGUCAAUUUUUGGACUGUGCCUUCAAUACACAAUUCUAGGAGCUAUCCUAUCCAGUUGGUGUAUGGUUGUAGGUCUCUGCAGUGAUGUUGGAUUGUACUUUUAAAGCUCCCUGCAGUAUGGUCAUUGUGUGGUGAAAUCUGUAAAGUCUAGAUCAGAGUAAUAUGCCAAUGGCAAUGGUGCUAGAUCUUUUUACUGUAAUGUUUGUGUACAAGUUACAAUCUUCAUUUGUCACGAUUAGCACAUUGUCCUUAAACUCCAUCUCUGCGGUUUUAGUUGGUGUACUGUCGGUCAUGGAUCUCUGUACCCUACAAUGCCCUGAGGAGUUGAUACUGGUUUAGAUUUCCACAUGGUGCACAGUUGAGGUGAUUCUGGUGCUUUCCGUACUCAAGACACCUCUGGAUAUUUAUACUGUCUAGAACUCACAUGGUUCUAGCACACAUGGAACUGUACAAUCUGUUCUUGAUUCCAGAUCUCCACACUUAGUUCAUGCACAUGUCUAGAACCCGACACAGUAGGCAGUGAAGAAUCAUUGUUAUUACAUGUCUCUACAGUGUUGUUUGAGAUCUCCAUACCACAAAGCCACAACUCUGCAGUGCAAGCACAAUUCUAAGCUGACAGUGGCUUACAAUAGCGUCAGUGGCAUGUAACCAGGAGCAAUGUCACAGCCAUGAAACAAAGGGCUAUUAGAGAGAGAAGCAGAGUGCUGACGGGUGCUAGUAAAUGAGGCAACACUGAACUGCAAACUCUGAUACUGAUCUUUCUAUAGGAUGGGUCUUCCGCUCCAUAUAAUGUGGCAACUUGAGAUCCUCCAGUAAUGUGGGACUAUUGGGGCAGCGUUCUCCUCAUCCACCACCCAGCCUUAAUUGAUAAAGACCCAACAUUUGUGGUUUGGGUGGGUGAGGUUCCUGGUCUCAUUGACACAAGAGAUUCUGCAGCUGCUGGAAAUCGCGAGCAACACACAAAUUGCUGGAGGAACUCAGCAAGUCAGGCAGCGUCCAUGGAGGGACAUUUUUGGCUGAGGCCCUUCAUUGUGACCAGAAAGGAAGGGUGCAGAAGACAGAAUAUGAUGAGGGAGAGGGUGGAGGAGGCAAGUAAAUGAAACCAGGUGAAGGGAAAGUGGGUUUCUCCAAUGAUACUGCCUGACCUGCCGGUUUCCUCCAGCAUUUUGUGUGUGUUGUGCUUAUUGACUUCAUUUCUCCGAGAGAUUGGAAAGCCCAAAUCAUUGAUUUUAAAAAUUGGCUGAUUAUAACAUAUCGAACAGCUGCAAGGACUGUACAUUACUCAUUCUGACCGAUUCAAAUUGUGGACGUAUGCUUGUAGUUGUUAGCUUGCUUUUGUAUGUGAUGUGCAUUUGUAGAUGUUUGUACAGUAUAUAUGCGUGUGUGGACACAUGCUUGUUCAUUUCCCCACAUGGAUACAAUUCUGUCUUUGACGUUCAAAGAACAGACUCCUUUAUCACCCAGUGUUAAAGGAUUCAGGCUAUUAUAUAGUUAAUGUGAGAAGCUGUUAACUACUAAAAGUAAUUAUUAAUAAUGUGUUUUCUGUUACCUGACCCCUUUCAUUUAAAAAAAUCUUAGUAUUUUUGAACAGUGCUUCAUGAAAAAUAAAAUGUGUGCAAACAGACAAGUUGAGAUAUAUUUUGU